UUCACUCAAGUCACGCGCUCGGCGUCGCAGUUUCACCUCUCCUCAGCCAAAUAAGUGGCUGCUUUUGCCAAACAUCUCCUGGACAAAAUUGAAGAAGAAGAGACGUACGGCGAUGAAGCCUCUCCCGGUGUCCGUAGCCCUCCUGGCCCUCUUCCUCGCCGCCUCGUACCAGGACCUCGCCGUGGCCGCAGAACUUCUGGUGGUGGGUGGGCGUGCAGAUGCAGGUGCAGAUGGAGGUGGCGGCGGCGUUCCGGUCCCGGACGGCGUGUGCGAGGGCAAGUGCAAGAACCGGUGCUCGCAGAAGGUGGCCGGGCGGUGCAUGGGGCUGUGCAUGAUGUGCUGCGGCAAGUGCGCCGGCUGCGUGCCGUUGGGGCCGCUGGCCCCCAAGGACGAGUGCCCCUGCUACCGCGACAUGAAAUCCCCCAAGAGCGGCCGCCCCAAAUGCCCCUAGGACUACCACCAUUCAUCUAUUUUUUUAAGGUGAAUGGGGACGUAGGAGAUGGAUCUUGACGAGCCGAGUGCGUGGGAUUUAGGGGUUCCCCUUGUUUGUAAGCUUUGAUUUGUUCGGAAAUCGGAACCCCAUAUGCUUCUUUUGAAAUAUGUAAGGUAGAAAAUGAUACGUUUGUUUUCAACGUAUAGAUCUGGUUUGAGGAAGAGUGCUUCCAUGUGA